GGGCCAGUCUGCAGGUGAGCAGAGCGUUCCCACCUGAACUCCGAGCACACGCACAAAGCUGGUUUGAGCUUUCAGAAAUGACAUUAUAGUCGGAUAUAGCCCCUCAUUCAUCGAGCUCAAAUUUCGGUCAGCAGGUAUGAGAGACCCGCCCCGACCAAAACGGGACCAGCGGGAGAGGAGCGACCCCCGACCGAGGAGCGACGAGCCCCGACCGAGGAGCGACGACCCCCGACCGAGGAGCGACGAGCCCCGACCGAGGAGCGACGACCCCCGACCGAGGAGCGACCACCACAGAGACAGAAACGGAGACCACCGACACCGGGAUGACGGGGUUUAUGAUUCAGACAGGACGUCGUCUCGACCCCCGUACUACCCCGGAGAGGACGAGCGCCCCCACAAACACUCGCGGGACGUCCGGCGGGGGGAGCGGAGCGAGUCCAAGUGCACCCACAUGUGCUCCAGGAGAGGCCUGGUUCUGAUCUGCACCGUGCUGACCAACGGGCUGGUGCUGAUCUGCCUGGUGGCGACCCAGAUGGUGGUGUCGGGGAUGACGUCCCGGGGCUUCGACAUCAACAGCCACGUGAGCCUGCAGGGCACGGAGCUGCAGCAGGUCCGGGAGCUGGACAUGCAGUACAGCCAGAUGCGAGCGCCGGGCCUGUACGGCGGGAUCCCCUUCAGCCUCGUCAUGGGCGUGGUGUCGCUGCUGCUGGUGGUGGCCGGGAACAAGCCGCCCCACCUGCUGGCCCCCAAGCUGCUGGCGUCGGCGCUAGCCUUCCAGGCGCUGGGCGCGGCCGCCUACGUGACGGCCGUCGGCCUCUACCUGCACUUCGUGAUCCGGGUCAACGCCACCGACGUGUGCCAGCGCCGCGAGAGGAUCUACGGCCGCAACGGCUACACCUGGAUGAACUGCGACGUGAGCGGGGGCGACGCCGCCGUGGCGCUGUUCGGCCUCAUCACGGCCAUCCUGUACGCCAUCGGCGCCGCGUUCACCGUGCAGACCAUCCGGGGGGUCCGGCGGUACCGGCGGGAGAGGGAGAGGUGGGAGGAGGAGGAGAAGAAGCAGCAGGCCCGGCCCCCCCAGAGGGCCCCGCUGAGGGACACCUUUGUGUGACGGACCGAACCCAGGAGGCCCGGGGUCGUCUGGUUCCUGGCUGGAUCCCGAAAAUCAAACCAAGACGUGAUUCAAACCUUGGUUUCUCCACUUUCUCCCGAAGAAAACGCUGUGUAACAACCGCAGGAAGCUCUGCAGGUUUUCGACGGUGACUUUUAUCGAUCUGGGAAGAAACACGACUCUGGAGGGAGCUGGACGCUCUGAUCCUGAGCUGCUUUCAUGAUCCUCUCCCUCAAUUAUUCAUGAAGAGCUGUGAAGCUUUUCCAGUGUCACGGCGGGCGUUUUUUAUUGAUCCAGGAGGCGUAGAAAUGUAAAAAACGGGACAUAAAACGGCUUCUAACAGCAGCUCUGAUGACAUAGCUCCGUUUCAGAUCAUCCUCAGAUCAUCACGUGGGUCUGGAUUUGAGCUUUUAUACUUAGUGACACGACUAGAAAUAAGUUAACAUGUUGUUUUGUAACAAAUAAAUAGCUAUAUUUUAAUUCAGCAUCUGAUACUUAAUUGUCUUUUAAAUGUUGCUGCAUCCUCAUCGUGCUCUGGUCUGAACUGGGUUUGUGACGCCGCUUUUAUCCAUCUGUGACCAUUUUUAUGUAUGAUGAGUGAAUUGUAUAAAAGUUUUUUAUAUUUGAAGCCAUAAUGAAGAUUUCAUUCGAUCAAAUUAAAGGGUUAGUUUAAUUUUAUUGAAAAGGCUGUUUUGUGUUUUCUGUGAAGCUUUUCCAGCGUCACGGCGGGCGUUUAUUGAUCCGGGAGGCGUAGAAAUCUCAAAAACAGGACAUAAUGACUUCUAACACAACAGCUCUGAUGACGUAGCUCCGUUUCCAGUCCUGACCGUUGCUGCAGAACCUCAGAUCAUCACCUGGGUCUGGAUUUGAGCUUUUAUACUUAGUGAGACGACUAGAAAUAAGUUAACACGUUGUUUUGUAACGAAUAAAUAGCUAUAUUUUAAUUCAGCAUCUGAACCGGGUUUGUGACGCGCUUUUAUCCAUCCGUGACUGUUUUUGCAUGUAUGAUGAGUGAAUUGUAUAAAAGUUUUUUUUAUAUUUGAAGCCAUAAUGAAGAUUUCAUUAGAUGAAAUUAAAGGUUUAGUUUAAUUUUAUUGAAAAGGCUGUUUUGUGUUUUCUGUGAAGCCGAGGUGAAGCUUUUCCAGUGUCACGGCGGGCGUUUUUUAUUGAUCCAGGAGGCGUACAAAUCUCAAAAACGGGACAUAAAACGGCUUCUAACAGCAACUCUGAUGACGUAGUUUCAUUUCCAGUCCCGACCGUCGCCACAAAACCUCAGAUCAUCACGUGGGUCUGGAUUUGAGCUUUUAUACUUAGUGAGACGACUAGAAAUUAGUUAACACGUUGUUUUGUAACAAAUAAAUAGCUAUAUUUUAAUUCAGCAUCUGAUACUUAGUUGUCUUUUAAAUCUUGCUGCAUCGUUGUCACGCUCUGGUCUGAACUGAACCGGGUUUGUGACGCCGCUUUUAUCAUCCGUGACCGUUUUUGCAUGUAU